AUGUCUAUGAAUCAAAGUCAUUCUGCUAAUGGCAAUGGUGUUGUGCUAUUUUACGGAGAAAGGAUGUUAAUAUUUUACGAUGGAUGUGAUUUGAAACUUGACGGUCAGUGUCUUAAGUUUUCACAUGAGGGACGUUUGUACCUGACUUCACAUAGAGUGAUUUUUAUAAACAGAAAAUCAUCCGCAGGUUUACUUUCAUUCAGUAUGCCGUUUGUUAAUAUGAGAGAGGUUGAUAUUAAACAGCCUGUGUUUGGAGCGAAUCGUAUAGAGGGCAUAAUUACAGCUGAACCGAAUGGUGGUUGGCAGGGUGAAGCGAAAUUCUCGAUAACAUUCAAAAAAGGUGGUGCUAUUGAAUUCGGCACAACAUUAAUCGAAUUAGGCAAACGUGCAUGCUCUUCAAAACAACAAUUCAAACCGCCAAAUUCAUAUUCAUCUGUUGCAGAUAUGAAUGGUGCUGGCCAAUAUUAUGCUUGUCCACCACCAGCUUAUUCUGCACCUUAUAACGAUCCAUACUAUGGAUUUGUACGACCACAUGAAGCAUUCACUGUACCCCAAGCGGAAACACUCUACCAAGUCAGAGCCCCACCUCCGUACCCCGGUGCUACGCCUACUACAAUGACUAGUGAUUUCGGACCUACGGGUACUAGUCAGUACGCACCUUCAUAUCCAACUACUAACUCAUCAUAUGGAGCAAACAACGCUGCUGCUCUACAACCAAAUGCUCCAAAUUAUCCAGGCAGUGUGCCAUCUUGUCCAGGCAUUGCGCCACCUUAUCCAGGCAGUGUUCCAUCUUAUCCGGGCAGUGUGCCAUCUUGUCCAGGCAUUGCGCCACCUUAUCCAGGCAGCGUGCCAUCUUGUUCAGGCAGUGUUCCAUCUUAUCCGGGCAGUGUGCCAUCUUGUCCAGGCAUUGCGCCACCUUAUCCAGGCAGUGUGCCAUCUUGUUCAGGCAGUGUUCCAUCUUAUCCGGGCAGUGUGCCAUCUUAUCCAGGCAUUGCGCCACCUUAUCCAGGCAGUGUGCCAUCUUAUCCAGGCAGUGUCCCAUCUUAUCCGGGCAGUGUGCCAUCUUAUCCAGGAAUUGCGCCACCUUUUCCAGGCAGUGUGCCAUCUUGUUCAGGCAGUGUUCCAUCUUAUCCAGACAGUGUGCCAUCUUAUCCAGGCAUUGCGCCACCUUAUCCAGGCAGUGUGCCUUCUUAUCCAGGCAGUGCAACAUCUUAUUCAGCCAAUACUUAAGCUAACCACAACCAACCCUCUCCCUAUCCAACUGAUAACUACGGUCAACUGCAAAACUCUUCCAAGAAAAAUCAGUGAUUGACUUUGGCUUUAUUUACUUCAUUUUUCUGUGUUGGGGCAAACGACAUCAUUUAAUCGCUAUUAAGAAAUUGUGCUAAUAUAUUUGCCAUAUUCCUUAACAGUUUCUUGGUUCAGAAACUUUCCAGCAUAAUGUGAUAAUUGCUUUCUUUUGAAUCUUUGUUUGAACAUACUUGUUCUUCGAUUUUCCGGAAGACAUAUGUUUUGGUCACUUUUUCCUAAUCUAAAUAAAUUGUCUUAUAUUUGA